UGUUUCUAGGUGUUGGCUGCCAAUUGUAGAGUGCAAAUGAAAAGUUACAGAUUGGUGGCUUCGUUAACAAAAUUUUCAGUUAUUUGUGUAGUUGAAGACGGGAAUUUGUUUUGCGUAUAAAAAGUUAACACUGCGUUCGUGCUCCUUGCUCCAAUCGAAAGGGCCACUUGCGCCGCGGUGGUGGUGCAAAACUUGCAAUUUUGGUGUACAAAAAAAGCAAAAGGAAUAUAUCCCAUAUAUCCUACCCAUCUAUCGGAAGAACGGAAUUCGAAAUCCAGCACAUAAAAAGCAUAAAUCACAUCAAAAAAUUCGCAUUUUCUCUGGUCCUUAGCACCAGAUCGCUUUUUAUGCAUCCAAUUCGGUUUCCUCUUUUUUUUUAGUAUACCAUCCCAUCCGCGAGAUAACAUUCUGUAUUAAACAAAACGCCCAACAUCCUAAUUACAAAUCAGACGGGACGGAAAAUCGAAAAAACUAUAGGAACCUCUCUCUCCCCCCCCACUAACGUAGUUUAUGUGUAUUUAACAAGCGAAGAACUUUCUGCAGAGAGCAAACACAGGACGACGACUAUGAACUAAAGUCAGAAAUUAAUGGACAUCGUACCGAGAAUAUAAUCCGUGAAUAGUACUAUACGAUAAAACAGAAAAAGAAAAAAAGUCAACUAAAAAGCAAAAAACCAACUCUUGCAGAACACAGUUCAUGAUUUAUCCAUACUAGAAGUGCACAAAAUAAACGCCGUAUGCAAGCGUGAUCAUCCAAGGCUCAUUAUCCGACUAAGCUACUGGCCAGCUUAAAAAAAGUAAGCCACCAUCUAACAAGAGCGAAUCGAAUCGAAUCGACUUGGACGACCGACCGACCGACCGCACAAAGAAGGAUCUAUCUGGAAAGCCGGCUAGCCGAUUCCCGCAUCCGAUUCCGAAUACGAAUACGUAUCCGUAUCCGAAUCCGAAUUUGAAACCGAAUCCUCAACCAAAUCAUCCCAUAAGGACGCCGCUGUCUUCAACGAUCACAAGAUGAAUGAACUAGACAGUCUCAGGCAGGAAGCCGAGUCCCUAAAGAACGCCAUUCGGGAUGCCCGGAAGGCGGCCUGCGACACAUCACUGUUGCAAGCGGCCACCUCGCUGGAACCCAUCGGCCGCAUACAGAUGCGCACCCGUCGUACAUUACGCGGCCAUUUGGCGAAAAUCUACGCCAUGCAUUGGGGCAACGAUUCAAGGAAUCUCGUAUCAGCCUCACAGGACGGCAAACUGAUCGUUUGGGACUCGCAUACCACGAACAAAGUCCAUGCCAUUCCACUGCGAUCCUCGUGGGUGAUGACCUGUGCGUACGCCCCAUCCGGUAGCUAUGUGGCCUGCGGUGGCCUCGACAACAUGUGUUCAAUUUACAACCUAAAGACGCGCGAGGGCAACGUCCGGGUGUCCCGUGAGCUGCCCGGCCAUGGUGGCUAUCUAUCGUGCUGCCGCUUCCUGGACGACAAUCAGAUCGUGACCAGCUCCGGUGAUAUGUCGUGCGGAUUGUGGGAUAUCGAGACGGGACUGCAGGUAACCUCGUUUUUGGGCCACACCGGCGAUGUGAUGGCCCUCUCACUGGCGCCCCAAUGCAAAACGUUCGUAUCCGGCGCCUGCGAUGCGUCCGCCAAGCUAUGGGACAUCCGGGAGGGUGUCUGUAAACAAACCUUCCCCGGCCACGAAUCCGAUAUCAAUGCGGUCACAUUUUUCCCGAAUGGUCAGGCAUUCGCCACCGGUUCGGACGACGCAACCUGUCGAUUGUUCGAUAUCCGUGCCGAUCAGGAGUUGGCCAUGUAUUCGCACGACAACAUCAUAUGCGGCAUCACAUCGGUGGCAUUCUCGAAGAGCGGACGUCUGUUAUUAGCGGGCUACGAUGAUUUCAACUGCAAUGUAUGGGACACGAUGAAGGCAGAACGGUCUGGCAUACUCGCUGGCCACGACAACCGUGUAUCCUGUUUGGGUGUCACCGAGAACGGCAUGGCGGUGGCAACAGGAUCGUGGGACUCCUUCUUGCGUGUAUGGAACUAAAAAUAAAACAGAAACAGAAACAGCAGCAUAAGCAGAAACAGAAACAAAACAAAACAAAAAACAGAGAAAACCAAACAAACAAAGAACAACAAAAAAAGAGGAAAAAGAAAAAGAACUUGAAAAUGCAUUAAAGGGUGGGGUGGGGUGUCAGGUCAACGGUUGCGCAGUCUGCGGAUAGUGUUUCACCCAUCAUCUACAUUGUGAUCUAAUGUAUAUGAUUCGGUGUUACCGUCUCUGUGGUAAAUAUUAAAUGAGUGCCGGACGUUUUGAAUAUGUGGGCGCAGCUAGUUGACUAGAACGUAGACCACAACAACAAAGAACUUUAUAUACAACAUUAUUUAUAUUGCUAUAUACUUAUUAACUAAAAUUAUACAAAAAAACAAAAUAAAACCAAAAAAAAAAACAACAAAAAACCGAAAAAAAAAACCGCAGACAUACGCAGCAACAUACAAAUAGACAUACACACGCAUACAAGAAUAUUAUUAGUGUAAAUGGAAAAUUGAGAAAAGAAAAAAUGAAAAACCAAGAACAAGCGAUCAAGAAGAAACCAAAACGAUAAAGAAAUUGAUGGAGUAACGAUGGGCCCGCUGAUAGUCAGAAGAGUAAGAGUCAGUUGUUUAGUCAGAAUUCCGGUUACAGCUACAGUUUAAAGCGUACGUAAAUUAAACUUAGUUCAAAUCGCAUUUCAGCGGUGAGUGCGUGCAGCUGAGAGCACAAGGCUGCCAGCCCCUGGACUCCUGGCAUCCCGAUCCUGGUCCUGAUCCCGCAUCGGAACCCGCAUCCGUGUCCCAGGAGCCGCAGGAGUGGUGCUGGCCAGUCAGUCAGUUAAUCAGUGAGUCAGUCGUUUGCACUUUGUAAAAGAAAAUGAAGAUGGUAUCAUUGUAAUCAUGUAUGUCAACAAGUAAAUACAUAUUCUUUUGCGUAUAAUACAUAAAACUUCAGAAUGUGUGGAUGUGGAUGAUCCUGAUGCAAGGUGGGGAUGGUGGAGAAGUCAAAUAAAGUUAAAGCAUUUAAAAAAAAUAAAAUAAAAAAAGAAUCACGGCAAACCUAAACGUAAAGCAAAACAAAAGAAAACAAAAAUGAGAAAGAAAAGAAGAUGAAGAUGGAGGAAACCAAACAAGAAACAAAAACAAAAAUUGCGUAAUAAACUUUAUAAAUCAAGUAAUGAAAACAAAACAAAACAAAAAAAAAGUAAAGAAAACACUAUAACAAAUUUUUGUCUUAUUAUGUUUAAGUCCCUAAUUUAUAUACAAACAAAAAUAAGAAUGAUUUAAAUAACAUAUAUGUAAACUAUGCAUUAGUGAAAAAGUGGAAAACUAUUUAUAUAUAAUAUGAUGGCCAUAUAAGCUAUAACAAUAAAUUGAAAAACACCUUUAAAUCUUAUAAUACAUUUAUAAAUGUUUAACAAAAUCUUAACAAAUACAUUCAUAGAAUUGCGGCAGUAAGGGCAUUAAAGCAUUAAAGCAUCAUGGAAAUAAUUUGAGCAUUCACCUCAACUCAACUCACCUCACCUCACCUCACUAAUCUAACUCUAAUUGCAUACUGUUGAAUUUUGUUCAUUUUAUUCUUAUCCUAAAUUCCUAUGAGGUUUUACAUAUAUGGCUUAUAUAAGGUUUGAAAAUGCAGCAAACGAAACGAAACGAAGCGAAACGAUUGUAGAAUGCAAACAAAAACUAAAGCUUAUAUUGUGAAAAUACUGAUAUUGUCUUGCUGUCUUACGAAUAUACCGAAUCAUCAAGUUCUUAUCUAUUUUUAUUAUGUUCUUUUUAAUUAAUUUUAAGUGGUAAUAGGAAAUUCGCGGAUACCCAUCCCAAACCGAUACCAAUACCAAUACCGAUUCCAGCAUUCUGAAAUCAAAGAUCUGAAAUCUGAUCCUAGCAAUACCAAAAUUCAUUGAAAACUGUAAUAAACUGAUUGGUUUAUUGACCUUCUUGAAGUAUUCUUUAACGUUAUAGUAUCUUGGUCCGAUAGGUAAAUGGUAAAUUGUGAUUUAAAGUGAAUAGUUUUUCAAGCAACGAGAAUUAGCCUAAAUCUAAAUCUAAACCUAAACCGCAAACAAAAAACAAAUCCAAACCGAAUCCAGAAUCCAGAAAACCAAAAACCCAGACGAAUCAAAAAAUCGAAAUGAAAACAUUUCAAAUGGACAGAAUUAUUGUGUAUUUCUAACGACUUUCGAUGCUUGAUUGAUUAUAUUGAACCGAAUAUAUUCCUAUGUAUAUGUGUAACUACUAUUGGUAAGCUUACAACAGCUGCAGUUAUUUGGGCUCUGCUUUUUCGCCAUAGAUGGACUUACUUAAUUUUAGUACAUUCUGGACAUUCUGGACGGCCAUUUCAAAACUAAUGCUGUUUCAAAACUAUGAAUAAAUUAUGAAAAGAAACCUUUGUAACAUUUAAAUAAUAAAAUAUAAUACGAAUACGAUAAUCCUAUUGUUUAACUUAAACAAGGAGCAAUUAACGUGUUGAUCAACCGCUCUAUUUUGCGAUUAUUAAAAAUGCGCCAAAGUAAGUCCAUCUAAGGUUAAUAAUACAUAAUGCAUAAUACAAAAUACAUACAUAAUUGCAUAAUUACGAACGCACUUUACGAAUUGUCAGGAAUUUUGUACUCCAGCAGUAAGUUUAAUUAAACUAUUUUUCUAUCACAGCCCAAAACGGAACAAAGUAACGUGUUAUUUCUUUUUUAAUCAUUUUUUUUUUGUUAAGAGUACUUUGUUAUUAGAACGCGCAUCCCUCAAGUAUGUUAAUAUCAGAACCCUUCUCUAUGUAUGUGUGUUUCCGUGCAAAUUUAAUUACGUAUACGUUAUGUUUAUAUAUAUGUAUGUAUAUGCCACGCGAUCAUAUAUAUGCGCACAUAUAUGCGCGUAAUUUGAUUUGUAAUUUAAUUACUGUUUUAUUUGCCGACGACAAAUCGGCAAAUUCGAUGAAAUUAUUUAUUUGUAAUUAGUUAUUAACAAUAAUUGAGAAGAAAACAAAAAAUGGAAACAGAAAAUGCUGUCAAGAAAAAGAAAUUGAAAAUUUAAAUAAAAUAAAACAUGGUCAUGUAAUAAACAUACAUACAAACAUACAUAUUUAAAUGAAAAAACUGAAGAUUACUAACAUUAAUUUAUAAUUUGUGUCAUAGCCGUCAACUCAGCGUUAUAUCUAGAAUAAAUAAUAAAGAAAAUUGUGUUAAGCAAAUGCUACAUACAUAUAUCAUUUAAUGUACGUGUGCACAUAUGUACAUGCCGAAAACAUUAAUUAAGAGUUUGGUCUGUCAGGAUUAACGGGUUAAUAAAACUGGCAUGCUAAUAG